AUGUGCCGGUAUCGGCUCGGCUCUACGCGCGCGCCACUCUCGGCACCGCACUGCGCAAGCGCCGCUGGCGGCAUCACGCUGCAGACGUGCAACAUGGUGGUGGGGGCCCCAGAUGUGGAGCGGUUGUAUGGCUGUGAGGUGGAGAGCAGGGAGCCCACAGAGGUGGAGUUGUGGGUGCCAAAGAAGCGCAGCAAGCUCCUCACCUUCCUUCGUUCCGUGGUGAAGGCCCGCCCAAAGCAACAGAAAGAGCAAGAGGUGGAGAAGGAAAGGGUGUUCGGCCCUGACCUGGGAGAGCAUCUUCUCCACUCUGGUCGUGAUGUCCCCCAGGUCCUCCAGAGCUGCACCGAGUUCAUCGAGCAGCAUGGCGUGGUGCAGGGGAUAUACCGCCUGUCCGGCAUCGCUUCCAGCGUCCAGAGACUGCGCCAGGAAUUUGAGUCUGAGCAGGUUCCUGAGCUAACCGUCUGCGACGUUCACAGCGCGAGCUCCCUCUGCAAAAUGUACUUCAGGGAGCUCCCGAACCCCCUGCUGACCGACCAGCUGUACGACAACUUCUCGGAUGCUGUUGGUGCCACUACGGAGGAGGAGCGGCUGGUCAGAAUGCGGGACAUCAUCCAGCAGCUGCCCGCUCCUCACUACAGGACCCUGGCGUAUCUGAUGAGACAUUUGGCCUGUCUGCACAGCUCUGUCACCAACAUGCAUGCUAAGAACUUAGCCAUUGUGUGGGCUCCAAACCUCUUAAGAUCACAGCAGAGCGAGUCUGCCUGCACCAGCGGGAGAGCUGCCUGCACGGAACUGCAGACGCAGUCAGCCGUGGUGGAAUUCAUCAUCGACCACACAGACGUCCUCUUCUGCUCCACAUCUGGACCUGACAUCGCAGAUGGAGCAGGUGAGGGUCUUCUUCCAUUAGCUUUAUCUUGGUCAGACACCUGGAUCAAAUGCAGGCCUUCUCCAAGUCCUUUGAAAUACACUUUUCCUGUCAAGGGGACAGCAGACUUCCGGGCUUAG